GGAGUUCACAUAGCCCCUUAAGAUCGUUAAUACUGCAAUCUAACUUUAGUCUAGUUCUCUGUCUUACUUCUCUCAAUCUUCUCUCGUUUUCCUCUCGUUCUCCUUUCAUCUGGUGUUGCGUCGUCCUUCACUUCAAUAAUUCGAGAUGGCUGUACCGGUGUCUGCAAUCGGAUUUGAAGGAUAUGAAAAGAGGCUCGAGGUCUGUUUCUUCGAGCCAGGACUGUUUGCUGACCCUAAUGGCAUGGGUCUCCGCACUUUGUCAAAAGCUCAAAUUGAUGAGAUUCUGAAACCAGCUGAAUGCACUAUUGUUUCAUCACUGUCGAAUGAUGAUCUGGACUCGUAUGUCCUUUCGGAAUCCAGCCUCUUUGUGUACCCAUACAAAGUUAUCAUCAAAACUUGCGGGACAACGAAAUUGCUUCGCUCAAUUCCUGCCAUUCUUAAGUUGGCAGAGACUCUCUCACUCGCCGUGAGAUCUGUGAGGUACUCUCGUGGAAGCUUCAUAUUUCCUGGUGCUCAGCCUUCCCCACAUCGUAGCUUCUCAGAGGAAGUAUCUGUCCUUGAUGGCCAUUUUGGCAAGCUUGGUUUGGCAAGCAGAGCCUACGUUAUGGGUAGCCCUGACAAUGCUCAGAAAUGGCAUGUUUACUCUGCCUCGGCUGAGUUGGCAAGUUUAUUCUGGGGAGCACGCCCCUCAGGCCCCGUCUACACUCUUGAGAUGUGCAUGACUGGCUUGGACAGGAAGAAAGCAUCAGUGUUUUACAAGACAGAUGCAAGUUCAGCUGCUAUUAUGACUGAAGAUUCUGGCAUCAGGAAGAUUCUCCCAAAGUCUGAAAUCUGUGACUUUGAGUUUGAUCCUUGCGGCUACUCUAUGAACUCCAUCGAAGGGGAUGCAAUUUCCACCAUUCAUGUGACACCUGAAGACGGUUUCAGCUAUGCUAGCUUUGAAACAGUGGGCUACAACUUCAAGGAUGUGAACUUGACCCAUCUGAUCAAGAGGGUUCUGGAUUGCUUCAAACCAGCUGAGUUCUCUGUGUCUCUGCAUUCCACCAUUGCUGCAAGUGAAGAACUUGAUUUCCCUCUGGAAUUGAGCGGAUACUGUUGCGGAUCAACAAACUAUGAAGAACUGGGUCUAGGAGGUGCAGUCAUCUACCACAGCUUUGCCAAGGACGAAGGUUCUCAGUCUCCAAGGUCAAUUCUAAAAUGCUGCUGGAGCGAGGACGAGAAGGACGAGGAAGUUGAAGAGAGAGUUCUGGACAAGAACUAGUGUUUCCCUUUUUCUUUUUCUUUUUAAAUAAACAAUUGUCGUGAGGGGUUAUGAUAAUGUAGUAGGGUAUUAGUAUUUUAUGCUAUUUUAAUAUCUAAAUAAAGUGGAUCUUGCAUGAAGUGUGAGAUCCAUUGUCCCUGACUCCUGGAUGCAGGAGUCUUGAGUCCGUUUUAAGAUGAAGUUUUUAUAUGAAAUAGUUUCGUGUUAAUGAUAUUAUGAUAUUGUGGUUUA